AUGUCGUCUGCCAAUCAAACCAGCUUUCACCCUGCUUCUUUCAUUCUGCUCGGCAUCCCUGGCAUGGAAGACCUGCAUUUUUGGAUCUCCAUCCCCUUCUGCUUGAUGUACUUCAUCGCCUUGCUGGGAAACUUUACCCUGCUCUUUGUCAUCGCCACGGAGCGAAGUCUCCAUGAGCCCAUGUACCUUUUCCUGGCCAUGCUGGCAGUGGCUGACCUCAUCUUAUCUUCCUCCACGGUGCCCAAAGCCCUGAGCGUGUUCUGGUCCCUUUCCAACAAAAUCUCUUUCAACGCCUGCCUCACCCAGAUGUUCUUCACCCACAUCAGCUUUAUCGCGGAGUCCACAAUCCUGUUGGCCAUGGCGUUCGAUCGAUACAUCGCCAUCUGCAACCCGCUGAGAUACACGGCCGUGCUCAGGCAUUCGGUGAUAGCAAAAAUAGGGCUGGCUGCCAUCGCUAGAAGCUUUUGCGUCAUGUUCCCCACCAUUUUCCUCCUCCGGAGGUUGCCCUACUGUGGGCACCACAUCAUGCCGCACACCUACUGUGAGCACAUGGGCAUUGCCCGAUUGGCCUGUGCGGAUAUUGCUGUCAAUAUCUGGUAUGGCUUCACAACCACGCUUUUAUCACCGGGGGUUGAUGUUGUGCUUAUCGUUGUAUCCUACAUCCUCAUCCUUCGGGCCGUCUUCCGGCUCCCAUCCAAAGAGGCCCGUCUCAAGGCUCUCAGUACCUGUGGAUCCCACCUCUGUAUCAUCGUCAUGUUCUACUUGCCAGCAUUUUUCUCAUUUUUCACCCAUCGGUUUGGCCAUAACAUCCCCCAUCACAUUCACAUCCUACUGGCCAACCUCUAUGUGCUCCUUCCACCCAUGUUGAACCCCAUUGUUUAUGCAGUAAAGACAAAACUCAUUCGGGAAAGAGUGGCCCACAUGUUCGUCAAGGCAGCACGGUGGUUCUGA